UGCUUUGUCUGGGAGGUGGGAGGGGUGGCGGCUGAGGAGAGGGGUUCAACAAAACGAGCGAUCACCCCCCCCCCCUCUACUUUUCCUCUCCCUGCACUAUAACUAAAUCGCGUAUGUCGAAAAAUGUGGAGCGGUGGCUUGGAUCUAGGAGUGGGGCGGGGCCGCCCCGCCACGCGCCGCCACCACAACAACCACCACCACCAACAUCACCACCUCCACUACGCCCUGCCCUAGCUAUGAGGACGUCGGAGCGCCUGCUGCCCGCCAGCUGGUCAGUUCUAGACCAGCGACCAGGACUCAAACAUCUUUGAACGGCCGACCUGACCACAAUGCCCCCUGCGAUGCUGCUGCUACUGGUAGCGGCCGCCGCCGCCGCCGAGCCCGUGUCCGUAUACACGGCGCGCGGCCAGCUGCUGCACCUGCUGCACGCCCAGCAGCCGCCGCCCGACACCAGGCACCCCGCGGACCUGCCGCUGAGUGCGCAGCCUGCCUCCGUGCAGCCCUUCUUCGGCGCCCUGCCCGUCGUACCUGGGCCGGUCGCGCCCUCGCCGCCACCCGCCCUGCCCGCCCGCCCUCGUCAGCUCGCCGCCGGCAACGCGGCGGUGCAGGUCUCAAAGCUACAGGAGCGCUUCAGCUGGCGCUCGCUCGACUUCGCCUUCCCGGACGAGCGCAGUCGACAAGUGGCGCUCCAGACGGGAGGCUUUAUCCCAGAGAACAACCUCCCCGUCGGCAUCGAGGUCUGGGGUGACAAGCUGUUCGUCACCGUGCCCCGGUGGCGCGCCGGAAUCCCGUCGACGCUCAACUACAUCUCGCUCUCGCAGAGCUACGGGGACUCUCCCCGGCUCGUGCCGUACCCCGACUGGAAGACCAACAUCGAAGGCAACUGCGGCACGGGCAUCACCACCACGUACCGCAUCAAGGCCGACGCGUGCGACCGCCUGUGGGUCCUGGAUACGGGCACGGUGGGCAUCGGCAACACGACGCAGAACCCGUGCCCCUACUCCAUCCUCGUGUUCGACCUGACCACGGACACGCUGCUGCGCCGAUACACGCUGCGCACCCAGGACACCAACCAGAACACCUUCAUCGCCAACAUCGCCGUGGACGUCGGGCGGACGUGCGACGACACCUUCCUGUACGCCUCGGACGAGCUGGGCUACGGGCUCAUCGUGUACUCGUGGGAGCUGAACACAUCGUGGCGCGCGCAGCACGGGUUCUUCCUGCCCGACCCGCUCAAGGGUGACUUCAACGUCGCGGGCCUCAACUUCCAAUGGUUCGAGGAGGGCAUCUUCGGCCUGGCGCUGUCGGCGCCCAAGCAGGACGGCUUCCGCACGCUCUUCUUCAGCCCGCUGGCCAGCAACAGGGAGUUCGCCGUGUCCACGCGGGUGCUCCGGGACAAGGCGAUGGCCGAGGCGGAGGAAAGCUACCACCAGUACGUGGCGCUGCCCAACCGGGGCCCCAACACGCACACCACGGCCCAGGUCAUGGACGACGACGGCGUGCUCUUCUACAACCUGAUCGACCAGAACGCCGUGGGCUGCUGGAACUCGCGCCUGCCCUUCACCCGGGACACGCAGGGCGUGGUGGACCGGGACGACAUCGGGCUCGUGUUCCCCAGCGACGUGAAGGUGGACGCUCAGAAGACGCUGUGGGUCAUGUCGGACCGGAUGCCCGUCUUCCUCAUCUCCAACUCGAUCGACUUUACGAACGACGUCAACUUCCGCAUCUACUCGGCGCCCAUCGCGGACCUGAUUAGGGGCACCGUGUGCGACGUGGACCAGGGCAACUCGGUGCUCCCCGAGCACGACACGGCCGUCGCGCUGCCGCCGCGCCGCGCCUACACUGCGCCGCCCGUGCGCUACGUCGCCCCCGCCGCCCCCGCCGCCAGCGCCGCCCCUUACAGCGCCCCGUCAGCCCCCGCCGUCGACGUCCCCUACACCGCCACGCCCGCCUCUUACGCCGGACCCACGGCCGCGGCGGCGCCCCUAGCCGGGCCGUUGUCCGCGACAGCGUUCGCCGCCGGCCUCGGACGCUCCCCCGCCGACUCACCCCUGUCCGUGGUGUCUGGCGGCGGCCUCGGCCCCAACGGCGUCCUCCCCUCCAGCUACAGCCUGCAGUGGUGGAGUACAUCCUCUCGCCGCUAAAGACUGGGCUCUGCUCAGCUCUGCCCCUGUCUGUGAUUCAGCGCGAAGUCUUCCAGACGCCUGCUUGCCUGUAAUUUAUUGCGAGUCUGUCAGAUCGUUACUCCUCAUUUUUCGAGGUGUUGGGAUGGCGUUUCUCUCUCUGCUCUGUCUUCACGCACUUAGGAACGAGGACUUAGCGAGGUCUGGCGUCGCCGCCAGUGUAAUUGCACGAUUUCAUAAGUGGCCAUUGCCUGCUCCCGGACGGCAAAUCAUUUUUGUUGUUGCCGGGAGACCUUUCUAAUGCAGUAUUUCAACCCAAAGUGCUUCCUUUCCUCACAUAUUUCUCCCUUUGUCUACUUGAAUCUUAAGGAGUCAUAUGUUGAAAAUGUUUUCUUUCCGCUAUGCACACGGUGUAAUUUCAACUUGUGUGAAAAGAAGGUGACUGUAAAGCACUUGAACUACCUCGCAACAUUUUAGAAAUAAUUCUCAUUCAACAAGAUUAUAUUUAGUUUUAAGAGUUUAUUUUAGCGAUAGAGUGUCUCUCUGUAUCACAUGGAAAAUUAAAGAAGUGCAGAUUCAACACAGGCCUCCUCCAGGCAUCAAUUUGAGGUGCUACUCUUUUUGAACUUUUUAAAUAAUUCACCAUUGACUCGAUGAAAGUAAAGGGACAGUUUUCGAAUGCAAGUAUGUAAUAUUAAGACAAAAAUUGUCCUUAGUCAUUUAUAGUGUACAUACACUAUGGAACUUAACCUUUUAGUGUGUAAGAAAGAAAUGUCAAUGUACACCAAUAUUUUUGUAAAAAUAUCAAAAUACAAUCGAUGCUAAAUCUG